AAACUUCAAUUUGGCGUUUAGGGCUCCGUUGGAUUACAACCCUGUCCGUGACAUCUUUUCUGUUACCUGCAAUCGCUGUUGUCUGGAGGUUCAGAGCUAUGGAAAAUAUACGGACACACGAAAGAAAGCGACUUUGUGAAAGAGCGAAUCUCAAUGACACUAGAUACAAACGCCAGUUUAUUUACUGAACAGCGGAUGAUUCGAGCGCUACACUGUAUCUCCAUCUGCUUUAUUGUGUCUCGAUCAUAAACUUGCGUGCUCGUGUGCAAUGAAAACACGAAUAUGUGAGGAAAGAAACACUUUUGGGACGGGAUCGCGGGAUCGAUGUCGACAUUCGUGUGUUGAAAGUUACCGUCGAGGUAUGUGCAAUCCCCUGGGAUCGAACCCACGACCUUGGCGUUGUUAAUGCCAUGCUCAUACCACUGAGCUACAGGAAAGCAAUAAUUUGGGAUAAUAAUUGUUUGGGAAUGAUGGACCACGGAGCCACAAUUGUCUACGAGUGGUUGAAAACCCUCCAGCUGUGCCAGUAUGUGGAGUCAUUCGUUGAUAACGGAUAUGAUGACCUGGAGGUGUGCAAACAGAUCGGAGACCCCGACCUGGAUGCCAUAGGUAUCCUGACCCCACAUCACCGGGAGAAGGUUCUCCGAGCCGUGGAGAGACUCCGAGAUGAGGACAAGAAGGUGAAACCAGGACUUUAUUUCACUUUAGAGCCCCUUCCUCAUGGCACGUACCCCCACACAUCUCAGUUCAGCGACUGCCGACAGAAAUUCACCAAAUCAUGGGUGAAUUCUACAUGGGAUAAACCCAGAUCUGGACUCUCCGGUGACAUCAAGGCACUGGAGGACCGCAAGGAGCCGGUGGUUUAUCCCAAACUCAAGCUGAAGAUCAUGAUACGAGAUAAACUGGUGAAGGAUGGAAUUGAUCUGUGCAAAAUGCCAUUCUCGUAUAAGGAUGGAUCUCUGGCCAACAUUGAGGAUCUGGCCCAGGAGUAUUCUGAGUAUUACAGCACAUCUUACAGCGACGUGAGCGACAGAAUGGAGGAGUUACGCAAGAGAAGAGUCGCUCAGGCAGCAGAGGCGGGAAAAUCUGAAUCAACAGCAUCCCUCCAGCUGCGUCUGGAGAUCCAGGAAUCGCUGGGGCUUUCUAGUGCCGUUUCCACCCCUGAGGUAGAGAGACGGCCGUCAAUGCAGAAGUCCAGCUCUGAAGAUGGAUCGGCAGGGAGGUGGGACGGCAGAAAGAAAAACAAAUCAUUCUGGCAAAGUUUUCGGAAGACACCGAAAGGAAGCAUCCGAGCGGCGCCCAAAGGGGAGGACCUGGGUUUUGUGGCCAGUGAGAUCACCAUGAGCGACGAAGAGCGCAUUCAACUGAUGAUGAUGGUGAAGGAGAAGAUGAUAACGGUGGAGGAAGCGCUGGCUCGGCUGAAGGAAUAUGAAUCACAGAACAAGCAAUCCGACAGCGCAGAUGGGAUCGAUUGGACCGACGCGCCCAAUCUCUCCAUCACCGAAUCCUCCUUCUGCAACUCCAGAGAUCAGUCUGAGGAUGAACUGGAUGAGUCCGUCACUUUCCGCCGGCUUCACAAACUCGUCAAUUCAACCCGGCGUGUCAGAAAAAAGCUUAUUAAAAUAGAAGAGGCCAAAAAACAUGGAGUGAAGGACCCGGUGACCCCCGAGGCGUCCCCCUCAGGUGAGGAAGGUCUGUGUCUCUACUCCGGGGUGCAGAAGCAUCUCGCCGUGUCUCAGGGUGAUGGACUGAGCUCCGUGCUUCAGGAGCAGCUCUCUCUGGACAGCCUGACCACGUCUCCAUCCUCCAGCAGUUUAGACACCUGCAGCAGUCACAAGCUCUUCAAGAGUUUCAGUAAAUCCAGCAGCAGUCAGGGACUCGAACCCGCAUCAGGACCGCGUGGAGCGGCUUCAGGGCCGGAUGCUGGAAGCGGCUCCUCGUUCUCAGAGGCUGACGGGGAGGUCGAGCCCAGGAUGUCCCGCUCUGUGACGGAUGGGGAGAUGAGACGAGCGCUGAGCUCUUUAAACUACCACGGAAGGACCUGCAGCUUUGGAGGAUUCGAUCUCACAAACCGACCUGUGUACAUGAGCAACAACAGCUGCGAUCCUUCAAAUGACAGCAGAGACAUGUCUCGGUCUCCCACACCAUCCCGGAUCUCUCUCGGGAAGAAGGUGAAAUCUGUAAAAGAGACCAUGAGGAAACGCAUAUCCAAGAAAUACAGCUCUCCAUCCGAGCAGUCAAGCCCCAGCAGAGCUCCCAGCAGCCCUCGGUGUCCCCACACAGACACAGACUCGAUGGAGAAACCCAAACUCAAAGCUGGAGGAUCAGUGGAGAGUCUGAGGAGUUCUCUCAGUGGACAGAGCUCUAUGAGUGGUCAGACCGUCAGCACCACAGAUUCCUCCACCAGUAACCGAGAGAGUGUGAAAUCAGAGGACGGUGAGGAAGACGAGCUGCCGUACCGAGGACCGUUCUGCGGCCGAGCUCUCGUGCACACUGACUUCACCCCCAGCCCGUACGACACAGAUUCUCUCAAACUCAAGAGAGGAGACACCAUUGACAUCAUCAGCAAGCCGCCCAUGGGCACGUGGAUGGGGCUCCUGAGUAACAAAGUGGGAACCUUUAAGUUCAUCUACGUAGACGUGUUGAACGUUGAAGAGGAGAAACCCAAACGCAGCGUAAAGAAGAGGAGGAAAAGCCGACCUCCUAAACCCACAUCUGUGGAGGAACUCCUGGAGCGCGUUCAACUAAAAGAGCACAUGCCCACGUUCCUGUUUAACGGUUAUGAGGAUCUGGACACAUUUAAGCUCCUGGAGGAGGAAGAUCUGGAUGAACUGAACAUCACAGACCCGCAGCACAGAGCCGUGCUGAUGACCGCUGUCGAACUUCUGCAAGAGUGUGACAGUAACAGCGACCCCGAGCGUGACGGAUCAUGCGGUGGUUCCCAGGAGAAGCUUCUGUCCUCCGAGGGUCAGGAAUCACGAGUCCCGUCUGUUGACUCGCCUCGUGACUCGGGCUGUUACGAAAGCAACGAGAACCUGGAGAACGGCAAAGGCAGAAAGGCAUCUCAUUUAAGCAGGUCGUCGUCCGGCUUUGAGUCCAGUCACCUUCCCUCCCCUGAGUAUCCAACCCCACCCCUCUGCCACUCCACCAGGUCGACUCCGAAAAUCAGACCGGAUUCGCAGUUUCUCCAGCAUCCACCGCAGAUCGACACCAUGAAGGAUCUAGGAAGAAGUCACUUUUUACUUGACGGAAGACCCCUCAGCCGCAGUUGUGAGACUCUAGAUAGGCUGUCUAGUCGGCCAGAAUUCUGGAAGCGUUGCUUCUCUGUAGAGGAACUUCAUAUACAACAAGGUCCCAAACGACAGCAGACGGACAGCUCUGAGGACCUCAGUGACACCACGCAAUUGGUCUCUAGCAAUUCGGAGGAGAGUCCGAGUCAAAGUGGUCCGGAGAGCCCGGUAAAACCUCUCGAUUACGAUAAAGUGCAAGAAGAUGGCGCACAGGGACCCUUGAAGGACUUUUCUCCAAGCCCACAACGCAUGAAACCACCUGUUCCUCCAAAACCUCUUCCAUCACCAUUUUUAAAAAACAGAGAGACUUUCAAUGCCAGUAGAGAUUUUUUCACAAGCGCAUCUCAGCCAGAGAUGUCCGGCCAUGAAGUUCCACAAACCAGCAGGCCACUCAUUUUCAGACCGGCAAAGAAAGUUCAGAUGGAGAAAACGGCCAACCUGGAAACUUUGAUCGAGGAGAAGUUGUCAUCUGAUGGCAUCGACCUCACGGAAGAACCAUAUUCUGACAAGCACGGCCGUUAUGGUGUGCCGUUCUCUCUGGUCCAGAGAUACUCCGAACAUCUGGAUAAACCUUUGGGUGACAUCGCGAUCCUAAUCGAUCAAACAAGAAUCCAGCAGCUUUUAAAGAAGCACCGCAUGGCUAUCCCAUUGAGAGGUUUGUCCGAUAUAUGUAUCAUUCCUUGAGCUCAUCUGGAUUUCAUACUGGUUUGCAGAACUGUGAAACACUGAGACUUUUCAUUGGAUACUUUUCAACGGACCGACAAAUGACCUGCCCGAAUGUUUGAAAAGCAAUACCGUUUCACACAUAUGCCCAGUGGAACGUAACAUGCCCAUGUUUUGCCUUUAAAGAAAAUUCUUGCCAGUUUAGAUUUAAUGUAGAUUUUAAGGUGUUGGCAGCACUGUUGAAACAUAAACUUGAUCAUUUAUGUGAUUUGAUAAGUGAUUCUUAAGUCAGUUUUGCAAGUAGUGCUUUUGAUCUGAAAUGAUCUGAAUGCACACAUUAGAAUGUUUGGAAACCACAAGCGUUGCCUUUUUAAUUGUAAAUAUAUAUUAUAGUGUCCCUCGGUAAAAUAAAUGUACAUUUGUUGUAGAUUUUUAAUAUCGGUUAUAUUGGCGGAGGAUAAAGUCUCUGACAUGUUAUUUGUGUUUUUACAGUAGCAGUUAAAAAGCUCAUUUUUGUUUUGAAAUGUUAGUGUUAAAAAUAAGCAAUUUUGGAGACUAAACACUUUUUUUCUGCGUUGUUUGAUGUUUUGCCAGGCAACGUCUAAAUGUACCAUUUUAAACAAAUAUUUAUUUCUUUUACUGUAGGACUUCUUUGAUGGUUUUUGCUUGUAGCAUUUAUCAGUAUUUUAAUCUUAUGUUCAGACAGGAAAAGGUGGAUGCUGUUGUGUGAAAAAACUGAAUUUGCGUAUUAAACA